AUGCCGCGAGCCAAACGAACCAAGAAAUUCGCCGCCAUGAAGCGCAUGAUCAGUCUGAACGACCCUCGGAUCAAGGACAAGGAUCGAGAGCCUCCCAAGAAGAAGAAAAAAGAGGAUCCCUCCGAAAUGAAAAUCACCGAAGCGCCCCAGAGCUCUUCCGCUCUCUUCUUCCAGUACAACACGCAAUUAGGACCUCCAUUCCACAUCCUCAUUGACACGAACUUCAUCAAUUUCUCCAUCAAGAACAAGAUGGACGUAAUGCAAUCCAUGAUGGACUGCUUGUACGCUAAAUGUAUUCCCUAUGUGACCGACUGUGUCAUGGGGGAAUUGGAGAAGUUGGGCUCCAAAUACAGUCUGGCUCUCAAGAUUGUGCGCGAUCCCAAAUUCGAACGAUUGCCUUGUCUGCACAAAGGAACUUACGCUGACGACUGUCUCGUGGACCGUGUGACUCAACACAAGUGCUACAUCGUGGCCACGUGCGAUAAAGACCUAAAACGGCGGAUUCGCCAGAUCCCGGGCGUGCCCAUUAUGUUCCUGUCCCAACAUCGAUAUACUAUUGAACGAAUGCCGGAUGCCUACGGCGCUCCGAAAUAAACCAAUGUUUCGUGUUCCAACGUCAUUUCAAGUGCAUGCUCAUCCCUUUCAACUUUGUCUCGUGAAUUGCCUUUGUAGA